CGGGAGGGGGCGACAGUCUGCCUGCCGGGCUGCUUCAGAGAGCCGAUAGAGGAAGAGCCACUGUGGGUGCAGUUCACGUUAGCCUAAACGUUACAAUUAGCAGGCAUCGCUGACAAGUGGUUGUCUAUUUGUAAAACAAAUCUCUGUUUACUAAACCAGAGUUAGGAGUUGUAAUCGAGGCUUUCCCACGACUGCUUCGCCAAGAUGAGCUUCCUGUUUGGCAGUCGUUCAUCCAAGACCUUCAAGCCGAAGAAGAAUAUCCCAGAGGGCUCCCAUCAGUAUGAACUCCUGAAACACGCUGAAGCAACGCUGGGCAGUGGGAACUUGAGGCAGGCUGUCAUGCUGCCUGAGGGAGAGGAUCUCAAUGAGUGGAUUGCUGUCAACACGGUGGAUUUCUUCAACCAGAUCAACAUGCUGUAUGGUACCAUCACCGAGUUCUGUACUGAGACCAGCUGCUCUGUGAUGUCUGCUGGACCAAGAUAUGAAUAUCACUGGGCUGAUGGCACCAAUAUUAAGAAGCCAAUCAAAUGCUCUGCACCCAAGUACAUUGACUACCUGAUGACCUGGGUGCAGGAUCAGCUGGAUGAUGAGACACUUUUUCCCUCCAAGAUUGGUGAGUUGAAAGCUUUUUGGGAUGAUUUUGGAUGCAGUUUCCACUUUUGUAAAAGUGUAUUACGCUAUUAUCUCUGAAUUACCCAGUAGAUU